AUGGCUUCAAACGGUGAUAUUGGAAGUCUAGAUGCUAGCGGCAAAAUCAUUAAAAUGGAAGUGGACUACAGUGCCACUUGCGAUGAGAAAAUACCAUUAUGGAAAUCCUGGGCUUCUAGUGGAAAGGUGCAGGAGGCUAUAGAUCAGCUACUGGCUUUGGAAAAACAAACAAGGACUGCAGCCGAUAUGGCUUCCACUGCAAGGAUUCUGGUUACAAUAGUUCAGAUCUGUUUUGAGGCUAAGAACUGGACAGCUCUUAAUGAUCACAUCAUUCUUUUAUCAAAGAGAAGAUCACAAUUAAAACAAGCUGUUGUGAAAAUGGUUCAAGAAUGCUAUACUUAUGUAAACAAGACACCAGAUAAAGAGACUAAAAUAAAACUCAUAGAAACUCUCAGAACUAUAACUGAAGGAAAAAUCUAUGUUGAAGUAGAAAGGGCUCGUCUCACUCAUAUUUUGGCUAAAAUACGUGAAGAAGAAAAUAAUAUAGCCGAAGCUGCCAAGAUAAUACAAGAAUUACAAGUUGAAACUUAUGGUUCCAUGGAUAAAAGAGAGAAAGUUGAACUUAUAUUGGAGCAAAUGAGGCUGUGUCUAGCUAUCAAAGAUUAUAUCCGUACGCAGAUUAUUUCAAAAAAGAUAAACACGAAAUUCUUUGAGGAAGAUGAUACUCAGGAGCUCAAAGAGAAGUUCUAUCGUCUCAUGAUAGCUGUUGAUCAACAAAAUGGUCAAUACCUCUCUGUGUGCCGUCAUUUCCGAGCUCUUGGACAGGCUGGUGGGGCCGAUGCCCUGAUUGGUAGUGUGGUGUUCCUUAUACUGGCACCAUAUGACAAUGAACAGGCCGAUCUCACUCAUAGACUCAAUGAGGAUAAAGAUCUGGAUAAACUGCCCGAGUAUAAACAACUUCUCGGUUUAUUCAUAACUCCGGAGAUCAUAAGGUGGAAUACAUUAUGCUCCACCUAUGAGAAGAUGCUGAGAACAACUCCUUUCUUCCAGAGCAAUGAUGAGAAGGGUCAAGAGCGUUGGAAUGACCUCAAGAAUAGAGUAGUCGAACAUAAUAUCCGUAUCAUGUCAAUGUACUACACUCGUAUAACGAUCCAACGUAUGAGCGAGCUUCUCGGUCUUAGCGUUACUGAGACAGAGGACGCCUUGAGUCAACUAGUAGUGAGCGCGGUGGUGAAAGCUAAAAUAGACCGACCGGCAGGCGUGGUGCACUUCAGAUUAAAUAUGGACGCGUCCGAUCGUUUGAACGAAUGGUCCAGAAAUUUGAACACUCUGAUGCAGCUCGUCAACAAAACGACUCACUUGAUCAACAAAGAGGAAUGUGUUCACAAACAUUUGUUAGCUACUUCCGAAUAA